GACGUGCAGUUACAUUGUACCAUUUAGAUAUGUAACUUAGCUUGAUAACAUUACAAUCAUUUUUUUGGGGAUAUUUGGAGCAAGCGAAGAAUCUAAUUUUAUUUUCGAAAGUGACGAUUCCUAAGCUUUCGUGAGACGUCGGUCCGCGUUGAGUUGUUUUGGGUAGCGCGAUUAAAUAACCUACAGUUAGUGAUAUCUGGAAUCGACCGUAGAAAACUCAAGGAAUUUGGCUUUUACACAUUUCGACUCGUAACGUUAGUUGUUAGCUACCUGCUAGCUUAUGUAGUAGUUAAAUGAAAGCGUUAUUAGAACGGUAAUGUUAUCUCUUGAGUUAGGAACGUACAGCUCUUGAUAGAUUUCAUGUACUGCUAUUCAUUUCACGUAACGUUUUCUAGCGCAGUAGCAGAACUAGCGUUUGUCAGUCACCUAUCGUUUACCUUGCCAGUCACUAACGUUAGCUCGUGCCAGCGUCAACAGAUUGAUCCUUGCUUGCUUGUUAACUCUCAGAUUUUCAAUAUCGACUACCGUUAAUGUUCGGAGAAAGCAAGCAUGUUAUCUGGAACUAAUGUCCUGAACUGAUAAUUGGCUAGUCUAGUAUCUUUGGCAUUCGUCGAUAGCUCUUGGCAAACGUUACAAAACAGCCGUGAGUGAAACAACGUAAGUAACAUUGUAUCUGACUAGUUUAGUUGGAGGCCUUGUGUACAAGUACUGUUUUGUAUUUCCAGUGGAAUAUACACGUUAUUUGCUAUCUGGCGAUUUGUGAAGACGUGUGUUUUCAACCUGGGGGUUGUGUCGACUUAUUUCACAAAAAUAAGUUGGGCUGCGUAAUUAGGCUACUACUGUCGCACGUUACUAUUUAGCUCUGUGUUGCCAAACGUUAGGUGGCCAGCCAUAACUGGCUUGGGAGCUCGCUCUAGUUUGCUAGCAAAUAACAAUAGCCUACACAGCGUUGCUGUUUCUAGCGUGUUGAGGGAAGUGGAUACUGGCUGACAAGUAGCCUACAGUAUGAAUGGUUUUAGCACGGAAGAGGACAGCCACGAUGGCCCGUCCGCGCCGCCGUUUUACGGCCAGAGUUGUUGUUUAAUUGAAGACGGAGAGCGCUGCGGCCGACCCGCGGGGAACGCCUCCUUCAGCAAGCGGAUCCAGAAGAGCAUAUCGCAGAAGAAACUCAAACUGGACAUCGACAAAAGCGUGAGACACCUGUACAUCUGUGACUUCCACAAGAACUUCAUCCAGAGCGUCCGCAACAAGAGGAAGAGGAAGACGAGUGACGAUGGAGGGGAGUCCCCGGACCACGACGUGGAGAUCCCCGAGGUGGAUCUGUUUCAGCUGCAGGUGAACACCCUCAGGCGCUACAAACGGCACUACAAGCUGCAGACGCGGCCCGGCUUGAACAAGGCCCAGCUGGCAGAGACGGUGAGCCGUCACUUCCGGAACAUUCCGGUGAACGAGAAGGAGACGCUGACCUACUUCAUCUACAUGGUGAAGAGCAACAAGAGCCGACUGGACCAGAAAGCGGACAGCAGCAAGCCGCUGGAGUAAGGGCACACCUUUCAGGGGGAUUCUGGUUUGGUGGGUGUGUGGGUGCAGGGAAGGGCUGCUCCCAGCCUGGCCUAAGUUAAGACUGACUCAGCCCGGAGAAUUUAUUACCCGAGAAGGUCAUUAUCUAGAAAAAAUAACACGUUAAAUUAAAGCCCCAGAUUAUGUCUUUAUGCUUAACUUUAUGAUACAAAGGAUUAUAAACUCACCUUCCUGAUUUACUGGUGAGUCUUUCCAACUUUUUAAAUACAAAACAAAAGACAAAAGUAGCAAAUGUUGUUUUUCUGAACAACUUGUGUUGCAGUUGAAUGAAAUAUAAAAUACGAGACA